AUCCUGUAUGGAAAAGCUACUUUCUAAAGACUGGAAGGAGAAGAUGGAAAAAUUAAACACAAGUGAUCUCCUUGGUGAAAUUAAAGGUACACCAGAAAGCCUGGCAGAAAAAGAGCGACAGCUCUCUACUAUGAUCACCCAGCUGAUCAGCUUACGGGAGCAGCUCCUGGCUGCCCAUGAUGAACAGAAAAAGCUGGCAGCCUCACAAAUUGAAAAACAACGGCAGCAAAUGGACCUUGCUCGCCAACAGCAAGAACAGAUUGCAAGACAACAGCAGCAACUUCUGCAACAGCAGCACAAAAUCAAUCUACUGCAGCAGCAAAUUCAGGUUCAGGGUCACAUGCCUCCGCUCAUGAUCCCAAUUUUUCCACACGACCAGCGGACGCUGGCAGCGGCUGCUGCAGCCCAGCAGGGAUUUCUCUUCCCCCCAGGAAUAACUUACAAACCAGGAAAGACGGGUAAUAAAGCAACACCUUCCCCCUACUCUGGGUCUCACAAAAGCCAGACAUCCUUCUUUCCUCACAGCUCACAAAGCCUUGAUCUGGAAGGUGAUAACUACCCUGUGCAGUUCAUUCCAUCAACAAUGGCAGCUGCUGCUGCUUCUGGACUCAGCCCUUUACAGCUCCAGCAACUGUAUGCAGCUCAGCUGGCAAGCAUGCAAGUUUCUCCUGGAGCCAAAAUGCCAUCUACUCCACAGCCACCAAAUACGACAGGGGCACUUUCACCCACUGGGAUGAAAAAUGAGAAGAGAGGGACCAGCCCGGUAACUCAAGUUAAGGAUGAAGCAGCUCAGCCACUGAAUCUUUCAGCCCGACCCAAAACAGCUGAACCUGUCAAAUCCCCAACAUCUCCAACACAGAAUCUCUUCCCAGCUAGCAAAAGCAGUCCUGUGACAGUGACGAACAAGAGUGGCAUCCCCAGCCCGCUCAGUGGAUCUCUGGGAAGAGGAUCCUCUUUAGAUAUCCUUUCCAGUCUUAAUUCACCUGCCCUAUUUGGGGACCAGGACACAGUAAUGAAAGCCAUUCAGGAGGCUCGAAAAAUGAGAGAGCAAAUCCAAAGGGAACAGCAGCAGCAACAGCAGCCUCAUGGUGUUGAUGGAAAAUUGCCCUCCAUGAAUAACAUGGGUCUAAACAACUGCAGGAAUGAAAAGGAAAGAACAAGAUUUGAAAAUUUAGGCCAACAGUUAACAGGGAAACCCAAUGAAGAUGGAAAAAUUGGCCCUGGUGUCAUCGAUCUUACAAGGCCAGAAGACGCAGAAGGGAGUAAAGCAGUGAAUGGCUCUGCCGCUAAACUACAGCAGUAUUAUUGUUGGCCAACAGGAGGUGCCACGGUGGCUGAAGCCCGGGUGUACCGGGACUCGCGGGGCCGCGCCAGCAGCGAGCCCCACAUCAAGCGGCCGAUGAACGCCUUCAUGGUCUGGGCCAAGGAUGAGCGCCGGAAAAUCCUCCAGGCCUUCCCCGACAUGCACAACUCCAACAUCAGCAAAAUCCUAGGAUCUCGCUGGAAGUCCAUGUCAAAUCAAGAAAAACAACCUUAUUAUGAAGAGCAGGCACGACUAAGUAAAAUCCACCUAGAAAAGUAUCCUAAUUACAAGUACAAACCUCGACCAAAACGUACCUGCAUUGUUGAUGGAAAGAAAUUGCGUAUUGGUGAAUACAAACAACUGAUGAGGUCUCGAAGACAGGAGAUGAGGCAGUUUUUUACCGUAGGACAACAGCCUCAAAUUCCAAUCACCACGGGAACGGGAGUUGUCUACCCUGGUGCUAUUACCAUGGCGACUACCACGCCAUCACCUCAGAUGACAUCGGAUUGCUCGAGCACCUCUGCCAGCCCUGAGCCCAGCAUCCCCGUCAUCCAGAGCACUUAUGGUAUGAAGACAGACAGCGGAAGCCUCGCUGGAAAUGAAAUGAUAAAUGGAGAGGAUGAAAUAGAAAUGUAUGAGGACUAUGAGGAUGAUCCCAAAUCAGACUAUAGUAGCGAAAACGAAGCCCAUGAGGCAGUCAGUGCCAACUGAGGAGUGUUCACAGAAUUAAAGUACUCAGACUCAUUUGGGUUUUUUUGGGGUUUUUUUGAACAAAAGUUCUUAAAGAGCCUGCAUGCAUGUGUGGCUCCUACAGUUACAUCAGCAGAAUGGUCUUAAAUGUUUCUUAUCGUGUGAGACAGAUUGUUUCCCUAAUUUUUCAUGAACUUGGGUUUUUUUUUGUUUUGUUUUCCUUUUGUUUGUUUGUUUUUUUUCUUUUUUUAAUUUAGAUGAAGACAUAAAUAUCAGACAUCAGGACUUGAAAACUUAUAUGAAUCAAUAGCUGUCUUACAAGUCUUACCUUUUGUCUUUUUCUGUUUGGAUGCUGAUAAAGGUUUAAGUUACUGUUUUAGAUGGGGGUUUUACAUUCUCACUCAGGUAUGCUGUGCCAGCCUACAGGUUGUGAAUGUGUUUUUAUUCUGGAUUAUUUUAAAAAAAACAAAAACUGCAGAUUUCAUAUUGUGAAACAGAACAAGUCCACAAGUGUGCACAUCUGUGCAUUCAUAGCUUGUCUUUAAAAAAUAGUCUCUGAAUUCCGUUCUUUUUUCCAUAUGUAUAGCUGAACUUCUGAUGUGCCAAACUUUUCAUAACUUUUGAAUCUUAACAUUAAAAAAAAAAAAGUCUUAAAGGAGACACUGUAAAGUCUUAGACAAUCCUUUGGCAUCUUAAAAAAAAUUAUAUAUAAACCCUAAUUUUUUUCCAGAAUAUGGUGAAGUACUCAGGAAUCUGGAGACAGGAUACUCUUAAGUAGUGAACAUGGUUGCCAUAGUGCAUGUGCCCAAUUGCUUUUGCCUCUUGAUGUGCCAUUAGUGUGAAAUUUUAAGUAAGCACAAAAGAGCGAUCACCAGCUAUGGACGGGCCUGUCUUAACAGUGUGAGGCCACCUCUGAUUACAUUCUCUAUCCCUUGCAUUUUAACCCUUUUAACCCUUGCAUUCAGUCUUAACAUAUUUUCUCUUAAAUAAUUUAUUCAUUCCAGAAUGUCAAGGGUCCAAAUACUUAAUAUUUAUUUUUAAAAGUACAGUUGGUGGCAUUACACUUACAAUUCCUUGUUGAUAUCUUUAACCCCUUCUUUCUCCUCCCCUAAAUCACACAGGUAUAUGAAAAUAAAAGUGCACCUGCUACUAAAAUGAACAUAACUUUUACAAAUGAGAAAUUCAGUUGUUCCUCUAACACUGUAUGUUCAAGUAGCACUUAGAAACACUGCUAUAUAUAAUGCAAAGUAAAGUGAGUACUGUUAUAUGCACACAGAGUACAAAUAUUCCUAAAAAAAGUGUUUAUAGUUAUAAACCUCUAUACUUAGACAUCAAGGGCAGAUGUUAAAUCCAAAUGGCAUUUGGAGUCCAUUGUGAUGAAUUUUUAGGGCCUGAGGAAUCCUGCAGUGAAUCAUGGCUCCAUACAUCGUGUUCCUUUUGCCACCUGAAGGAACUGUGUGAUACCUUAAGUAUUUAUGCAGUGAUUUAUAUGUGAGACUCUUAAUGGGGGAAGGAAGGCCACCCAAAUAUCUAAUUGCAAAGCUGGGAAAAUGAUUCGUCAAAAGUAUUUAUUGAAUAUUAAUCAUGUGGGAAUGUGACUUUUCAAGUGUUUGUCAAGUGCUUUGGGAUCUUUGGACGUUAGGUGCUACGGAAACUAAAAUUUCUAUUUGUAUUACUUCUAGAAACAAUGCAAUUACUGGAGAAAAUUCUGGGGUAUAUAUAAGAGAAAGAUAUUAAAAGAUUGUAAAUUUAUUAAAUUUCAAAGACAGAGGAGAAAUUGCCUUUAUUCUUUUCCCUUAUACUCUACUCCUGUUCACAAAUAUAUCACUGUAUAUAUAUGCAGAUCCAAAAGGCCUGAUGAAUAAAUGUGCUCAACUCCUGCAGCUUUUAGUUUGAAUUGGAUGUGUUCAGCACAUUGGUGAUAAAUCCAGACUCAGGCUGAGAGGUCGGAGUGGGCCUAGAGCAACUCCUCUUGAAGUGUGUGGGCAUCUUCCCACAGAGCUCCACAGGCUUUGUUUAGGGCCCAGACACCAAAAGAAGUCUGGUGUUAGUGCUGACCAUCCUUGUGCUGGCAUCCCGCCUUGCAGAAAUUCUGAGCUGCAACGACACGAUGCUCUGUGGAAGAGCAGUCACUUUCCUCAUAGCCCCACUAUUACCUGUUUGAUCAGAAACAGCCACUGUAGGAAUCAUGUUUCAAUGUGAGAGAAUUACCCCCAAGAUAAAGAAGAUUGUUCAAUUUACAGGACAAUUUAUAAAGAUAGUGGCGUAGAAACACAAUGGUCAAAUUUCUCUGACCAUUUUGUAAUUUGGAACAAAAAUCCUAUAUUUUUAAUAUUUAUUUAAAUGUGUUCUGAGUCCAUGUCUAAUAAGCAAUAAGCUGGUCUAGCCAUGACUUUAAAGGCAUAUGCUGUGUCAUUAGCUGGUGAGCGUCCUCUUUAAGCUGGCUAAGGUACUGAUAGAAAGUGAUUUUUUGUUCUUAUAAUUGCUUGGGAAUUUGAACUGGUUUUAAUACAUUCAGCUCAGAUUGGGGGGAGGACAUCAUUAUUUCCUAAAAAAAAAAAAAAUAAUAAAAGACUAUUUAUUAAUGUCUUACAUAAUUCUCCAGUUAGAAUUAUCUCUCCCUCCCCCCAUGUCGUUUUCUUUCUCUCUUGCUCUCUUUUUUUUCUGGUUUUGUUGCAUAGGUAGAAUGCUGUAUUGCUAGCAUUGUAUUUUAUGUAAUUAUUUUUUUGCACAAAGGCAAACAUUUAGAUUAGUUGGUUAAUUUUUUUUUUUUUUCUCAUUUUAUGACCAUGCCAAAAUAAUAUUCUGCAGGCUUGUGGAGAACAAAGGACUGUUCUUUAGGACUGAAACUUGAUUUUGCUUGUAGUACAAAAAAAACACACACUCACAGAUGUUGUUUCGUAAGUGUUAUAAGCACUGGAUAUAAAUGGUAUUUUUUAUCACUUCUGACUAAUGUGAAACUGUUGUACGAAAACUACAUGAACAAAAGUCAUCUGUUUCGACUCGUGUGGGCCUGCCUCACAGUUGCCGGAUUUGAGUCAUUUUUAUGUCUUGUUAUUUCAUUUAUUUAUGCAAAAUACAUGUAUGUAUGAACACUUUGUUUUAGCUCCAGCCCUGCCUCAUUGCUGAUGCUCUGUAUGUUAAAGCCACAUUCUUGAAAAUGACUGGCUGUUCAGGAAUUGCCAGCUGGUAAAAACUGCAUUUACUGGCUGGGGGAGUGGGAGGAACAGAUUUGAAUCUGAAUUGUGCCUAUGAGCAUGUUAUUCUAUUUAUUAGCCGACAUUGGCUCUAAAAUGUCAGUAGAAAUCAAGGAAGGACAAUCAUAAGGAUAAGACCCAACAUUUUUACUUUAUUAAUUGGAGCUCAAAACAAAGUUUUUGAUGAAUUUACCAUCUCAUUUUAGAUUUUUUUUUUAAAUUGUGUAAAUAUAACAUAGGAAAUAGAAUUUUAUUUUUUGUUCAUGGAUACUUAGUGAAGUAUAAGUUAUGUAUUUACUUUUGUUCUAUAUCAGUGUAUGUUGGUCCAUAUUAAAUGCUGACAAGUCACUGUA